AUGACAACCUCAGCGCACAGGACGUGGUUCAUCACGGGCUGCACGAGCGGUUUCGGCGAGGCCCUCGUGCGGAAGCUGCUGGCGGAGGGGGAUAAUGUCAUUGCCACGGGGCGUGGCGGGGCGGAGGCCAGGCUUGCGCACCUGCGAGACUCGACGACAGCGGCGCGGUUUCGGAUCAUGGAGCUUGACGUCGGAGCGGCGUCUGAGGCGGAGGAAAGACAAGAGGAGAUGGAAGCGAGCUUCAAGACGAACUUUCACGGUCCGCUGAGCAUUACGCGCGCGUUUCUGCCGAUGAUGAGGGAGAGGGGGACGGGAACGCUGGUGUAUAUCAGUUCGCAGGCGGCGUGGCAUGUUGAAGUCGGUGCUGGGGCGUAUAGCGCGGCUAAAUUCGCGUUCGAGGGCGCCGUCGAGACACUCUCCAAAGAACUAUCCGUCCUCGCUCCAAACAUAAAAGUCAUCAUCAUCGAGCCGGGCUUCUUCCGCACCAAAGUCUUUAACAAGAUAUCCAACGUUCCAGCCCGUAUUCCCGAGUUUGCAGAGUUCAACGCCGCGAUCAGGGCGGGCGCCGAGGCGCUUCCGGGGACGGAGCUGGGGGACCCUGAGAAGGCUGUAGCGAGGACCGCGGAGCUGGUUCGGGGCGACGGGAUGGCGAAGGACGGGGGCGGAGACGGGGACGGUGGUGGCGGUAGGGAGGUGCCGUUCAGGGUCGCACUGGGGAGCGAUGGGUGGGAGAGGAUUCGGGCUAAAUGUGUGGGUGUUUUGGAGGGGUUGAGGGCUUGGGAGGAUGUUGCGAGGAGUACGGAUCUGUGA